AUGGCCGCUUCGCCCUUCUCCCUCCGGCCCUGGCCAACCGGCGACAAGAAGCCAAAGAACCUCGCAGAGUUUGUCGCCCGCGUCCAUGCCGAGCCCGGCGGCUUCCGCAGCGUCACCGAGGACAAGCUGCGCGACGACAUCAAGGCACUCGACGACACCGCUGGCCUCGACCAGCCCGACUCUUCGUCCUCCGACGAUGACAGCGACGACGGCGACGACGAGACCAAGGACGACGAGGACACAAAAGACGCCAUUGCCGCGCGCGACGAGUUCUUCCGGAGUUGCGACCAUGCCCACCAGUCGGCCAUGCUCGCCCUCGACGCCAUCUCGCUCCUCCUCUCAAAGGAAAUGCCAGUCCAGGCCGGCACCACCCUGUCCACAGCCCUGAGGGAUGCCGUGGGCAUCGGCACGCUCGGCGCCUCCAAGCUCCACGACUCCAACGUCACCGAGGCGCGCACAAAAAACGACCUCACCGUCGCCACGGGAUGGCGCGUCAUGGGCCUCAACAAGAUGGUCGACUCGGUCAUGGCCGCUGCCGAGCGCCUGGAGAAAGAGAUGGAGCUCGAGGCAAAGUACUGGGCCGACGUGCUCGCCGUCAGCGACAAAGGCUGGGCCGUCUGCUCCCUGCCACAGGACCAGCACACCCUGGGAGUGCGCUUCGGCUUCUCGGAAGCCGCACCCGAGUUCAGAGACCAGAGCCUGGCUCCCCUACGACGGCAAGACGACGGCACUGUCCGUCUGGACACGUCUCGCGUUGGCCGCGGUUCGCAGAGAAUACGUGUAUCCGUUGAGAGGAACGGCGGCGUUACCGCCCAAUCCCGUAUCCCGCGGCGCACGCCGGACGACGCUCCACUGCCAGACCGGGUGCUUGAGGCCAGAAACACAGCCUUCUCCCAGGAGCUCUGGUACGAGCUCAACAGGGAGGCACGAACCCUGCUCUCAUACGGCGUCCAGAUGACCGACACCGAGGUCACUUACCAGACUGGACCGGACACAAAGAUCAUCCUGACGCUCCACGAUCUUGUUGACGAGCAAGACGAGGAGGAACAGGGAUCCGGCCACAAGGACCAUGACCUGGCCAACUCGGUGACAAUGGUUCUACACUUCCUCCUGUCUUUUGCGCAUCGCCAAAACUACCGCACCCGGACGCAGAUCAGCACAGCCCGAGCUCCGCCGACCACUCCACCAUAUUCGCUCCUGCGUCCUCUGAUUGCCCGCACGAGACACAUCAGCACCUGCGACGGCCUGGCACGCUUCCUCGGCGAACUCGUGUCCGUGCUGCAGAGAGCCGGCGUGUCGACAGCGUCGUACACCAUGACGGCACAGCCCGUGGCCAUCCAGCCACAUCAGGAGGCCCAGGUGCGCCGCGCCUCCAAGUCCGAGAUCCUCUCGGCCAACCUCAUCUCGUCGAUGGACCUGCAGGCCGAGCUGGUGCUCACGAGCGAGGCCCGGCUCAACAUCCGCGGCAGGACGUUCAUGCAACCCUGGAUCGGGCAGCAGCUACGCGUCCUCCUCGCCGCGCCCCAGGCGGCACCGCCGUCAUCCUCCUCCACGUCUCCAGCCGCGGCGGCAGGAGGCAGACUUCCAGCGACCACCACCGGGGCCGCCGCCGCCGCCGCUAACCCUCUAGAAUCAUCAUACCCGCCGUCAGGCGACGCCUACCCAGACCUGGCCAGCCUGACGACGUACCUGCGCAAUGCCACCUUGCGCGCGCUCUCACACAAUCUCGCCGCCAACGCCGCCGCCGCCUCCAGCGCCUCCGCUUCCAAUACAGCGGACAUUGGCCGGUCCGAAGGAUUCACGGGCCCAGUCAUCACGGCGGACCACGGCAAUAGGGAGGUCCGACUCAGCUUUGUCACAAACACGGACAUAGUCAGCACCACCACCACCGAGCCCAGCAGUAGCAGUAGUGCUGCUGCUAUUACUGCUGCUCCGCCUUCAGCGACCCCAUUGGUCCUGCAGUGCGAAGGCCAGUGGCGUUCCUCAUCAUCAUCGUUGUCGACGUCGUCAUCGUCAUCGUCUCCUCCAGCUCGAAAACGACCGUCAGACGCCACAAACGGCAGUAACGCAGACAUCAUCAAUAGCAACAACAAUAACAACGAUGACGGUAAUGACACCAGUGCAGACGGAACGGCACCGGGUGGUGGCGACGGCAUCGGCAACGGCCAUGAUGGUGCCGAGACCAAGACUCAAAGAUGGACCUGGACUUCUUUGGCUCCGGCUUCGGCUGCUUCAGCAGCAGCAGGAGGAGGAGGAGGAGGGGAACCGGGAUCGACAACGACGACAACGACUACCGGACAAGACAGGGUGGUCAAGACCAAGGGAACUCACAGUAACACCACCGGAGAGGGUCGCAACCUGGUCGCCACGAAAUCUGACAGGCUCGAAGCCGUGGUUGUAAAGAUCCUCGUCGGAAGGCUGUGA